GAGCGCGCAGUAAGCGUGCGGGGGUAGGCGACAAACUACACUUCCCAGGGUCUUAUGCAACGGAAGUGACGCAAAGAGCAGACAGAGUUGGAGGGUUCGGGUAAAAAUGGCUGAAUAUUUAGCCUCGAUAUUCGGGACUGAGAAGGACAAGGUUAACUGCUCUUUUUACUUUAAGAUCGGGGCCUGCCGGCACGGGGACCGGUGCUCCCGGCUUCACAACAAGCCGACUUUCAGCCAGACCAUAGUGCUGCUCAACCUGUACCGGAAUCCACAGAACACCGCCCAAACCGCAGACGGAUCUCACUGUCACGUGAGCGACGUGGAGGUGCAAGAACACUAUGACAACUUCUUCGAGGAAGUGUUUACGGAACUGCAGGAGAAGUACGGGGAGAUUGAAGAGAUGAAUGUGUGCGACAACCUGGGGGACCACCUCGUGGGCAAUGUCUAUGUCAAGUUUCGGAGAGAGGAGGAUGCAGAGCGGGCAGUGGCUGAACUCAACAACCGCUGGUUCAACGGGCAGGCUGUGCAUGCAGAGCUGUCUCCUGUCACUGACUUCCGGGAGUCAUGCUGUCGGCAGUAUGAGAUGGGGGAAUGUACCCGUGGUGGCUUCUGCAACUUCAUGCAUCUGCGACCCAUCUCCCGGAACCUCCGGCGGCAGCUCUAUGGUCGGGGACCCAGGCGCAGGUCACCCCCGAGACCCCAUAUUGGCCACCGUCCCCGAGAAAGAAACCGACGACGUUCCCCAGACCACCGGCAUGGCCGCUUCUGAGACCCUGGCUCCCUUGCCCUUCAUCUCUGACAGGGAUGGAUGUUCCUGGCCAGAAUCCCUCCUCAACGCUUCCUUAACUCCCCAGCACCAUCUUCCCCAGGUUGUGGGGCUCCAUAAUGUAAUCCGGUCAACACAGGGACCUUCUUCUACUGCCCCUCCCCUAAUAAAGUUCUGUAUUGAGGGUUUAGAGCUUCAUUGUUAGCUUGAGCCCAGCUAUCGGCUGGAGUUUCCUUCCAUCCCCGCAUCUCCUGAUGAAAAGGGGAAGUGGGGCUAGGCUUUGGUUAUAACCUCAGCUGAGGAACUUCGAAUAACAGGUGGGAAAGCAGUGGGCUCAGGGCCCAAGGCCCUAGAAAACCCUAAGUGGGACUAGUUGGGGUGGGGUCGCCUUUAUGCUGGGAACUUCAGUAUAUCCAUCUGAGGCUUCUCAAGGGAGAGACGCCUGGCUGUAGCAGGUUGGAGCAUUCCCAGCCCGGAGAAGAUUGGGGUUAGGAGUUAAGGUAAGUUUGUUGGGAGUUGAGUGGGAGUCUCCAGUGGGUGAGGGCUGGGUCGUUCAUGCCCGCUGUUUUGAAAUGGGAAUCGGUAAUACCUAAUAAGCUUACCUAAGCCAGGUGCCGUUCUAAGUAAGCACUUCUAGUAACAGUUUUAACUCUUGACAGUAAACUUUGAAACAGGUGCUACUACAAUCCAGUUUUAGGGAUGGGGAAAAAAGACAGUAGGAAGAUGGAAGGGGUGGGAUAUGAAUCCACGCAUUCUGGCCCCUGAGUCCUCAUUCUAGCCAUCUUGAGGUCUUGUGGCCUCUCUGGUAAUGGGCCAGAAGCUGGACUAAGGGCUGGAGGUAGAUUCCCGCCUUCUGAAGGAGCGUGGGGGAUCUCAUGCCUGUACACCCACUGCUUUCUUCUUCUGCCCCGGUUUCCUGGAAAGUGCGGCAGAGGCGCUGUGGCCGGAAGUCCUGCGGUUACGGCCCCCCAGGCCGCAAGCCCCGCCUGGAUGGGCCCCUCAGCCUCUUCCCGACUGCGGCACUGCUCCGGCUCAGCUGGAGGCCUCCCUGCCCUGCGGCCACCUCGAGUACAGGAACCCUGACACCAGUGCUGUGGCAGCUGCCUGCAGCGUUUCGGGCCGCCCCCUGCCCGGAUUUGAGUUUUCAGAAAAUUGUGGGCUCAAUGACUUUGGCGAUCACAUAACAUACCUCCUUCAGUGAAUGACUUCCUGGGCAGUGCAACCCCAAUAAUGCGGAAUUAUGUAGCCCCUGUGGCGGUGGAGCCACGACUCCCACUCCCGCGGGGAGCUGCGACGGAACCCGGUGGCUCUGCAGAGGUGCUGGUCGGGCUCUGGAGGGCCUGGGCAAGGGUGCCGCUUGCAGGAGGUGGGGCGGAGGUUGGAGUGCGUGGUUUGGGAUAGGAUUGGCGAGGUCUGGAUCAAGGGAAAGAGUGUGGCCCCACUGAAGAGGAUAGGGGUGGGGGCAAAGUAGUGUCAGGAGGUGACCUGCCUAAGUUAAAAGUAGUCGCACUUCGGUCUGGGGGCUAGAUCAGGUGGCACUGUGGCCCCAUUGAGGGGUAUAGGAUGGGAGGUUUGGGCUGAGGUGCUUUACUCCAACCUCUUAUUUCCAGAAGUCGGUCUCAGAAGACCAAGGAGACCUGCCUCCUGACAUCUGGAAAACCGAGCAUCCUUACUUAGCCCCCAGAAGCCCAUUUCACUGACGGUUUCCCGUUUCUCCAGUUUCCCGUGGACAUACGUGCUUGACAUCCGUCAGCAGGCUUCACGGAGUUCUGUCAUGCUGAGUUUUGCCCUGCUAGUGGUGUGCUGGUUCUGCUCCUGACCUUAGGAGCGAUCCUCCUGCUCGCCCCACAGGGGCACCACAACCAGCAGGAGAAAGCCGUCCCUUCACCCCUAUCCUGGCUUGGUUUGCAGUGACCCCAAAACACAUGACUUCUUGUCCCACUUACCCUCUCCAGGCUCCCUCGAGGCAAGGGACUCACAGGAAGUCUCUCUCCUUUCUCUCCUGGGCAAGGAUUGGUAGGGGACACACCAAGCAAGGGGAAGGUGGACUGUAAGCACACUAUUCCUCCUUCCCACCCCUCCAUCUUGUCUUCCAGAGCUGCCGAGUCUGGCCCUGCAGCCCACCUUUUCUCCUGGAUGAGCUGGAGGUGCUGAUUGUACUUCUGGACCCUGAGCCUGGGCCAGCUGUGGCACCACUUGACACCUGGCUCCUUCGUCCACCUUCGCCUACUCACUACAACUCAUUCACUCACCUCUGCAGGCCCUGAUCAAGAUGGUAGUGGCAAGGGAGUCCUCUGCCUUUCUGGGCCAGCUUCGCACACAGCUGGCCCUGCGAGGGUGGGCUGAUACACUGCAGGUGCUACUCAAGCUUGGCUGGUCUGCGGCUUGCUUGCCUGGUACUAAGAAAGCUUCCCUUGAAGUAAAUUCCUGCCCUCUCUGGGCCUCAUUUAUGGGACCUCUUGAAAUAUAGUCUGAAUUGGGCCAAGACCCAACAUUCCCUUCAUUCUCCUCCCACAAGAGAAGGGCCUCUUGUACCACACACAGAAGACCAGAUGUGGGAGAGCUGACCUUAGGUGCCUCUGGGCAAACAGGGACCCUCUGAGAAACGGCCUUGCUACCCUCGGGACAGCUCACCCACAGGGACCCAGCUGCAUUCUAAUCUAGAAUAUGUAGAACAUGUGUCACUCUGAAGUCCAACAAUGGCUGUACCUACCUACAGAUGCUGACAGGCUUCCUUGGCAUGGAAAAACGGGAGCUCUUACCUGCCCCAGCACGACACAAACGGCAAGACCACCUCUCCAAACAUUGACAGACUUUAUUGUGGGGAGGUUCCCACCUGGGAUCCCACCCUCUUAAAUAAAAAAGUGCAUAGAAAA